CUUUGAAACUCUUCUUUGGUCUGCUGACAUAUACUUCAAAUCUCUCUUUGACCGUCGUACACCCUCUCUAUAAAUCCACGCAUCCACAGGCCUAUAUAUAUAGAGAUAUAGAUAUAGUUACAGAGAGAGAGAGAGAGAGACACGCAGUCGCGGAAAAAUCAGUUUUGGGUUUUCUCCCAUCAUCACCGACCUUCGCCUUUUCGCCGUUGCUGCAGAGAGAGAGAGAGAGAAAGAAAGAGACUCUCAGUCUCCUUCACUUUUGCUGCUGCAGAUUUUGAUUCAAUUACAAAUAGCUUUCCUUCACUCAUCUCUUUUGUUUCAAAUUUCCAAGACCUCUGAUCCGACGGCCACGAUCUUCUACCACGCCUUUUUUCUACAGAUUCGAGUUGGGAUUUUAUGACUGCUUGGUGCGUUUUGGUUUGAUCUCAUAAGCAAGUUGCAUCUUUCAUGUCUGAUGGAGCCUAAUGGCCAUAGGAGAACGAGGAGGAAGGAUGGUUAUAUUCAAGAAAAUGGUGACACGAGUCAGUCAAAUGUAGGCGAAGAACUGGAUCCAUGGACUGCAUGGGCAUACAAGCCUCGCACCAUUUCAAUGUUACUUAUUGGUGCAUGUUUUCUUAUUUGGGUAAGUGGAGCCUUAGAUCCCGAAAGCAGUGCAUCUGGAGACCUUGUUGCAUCUGUAAAAAGGGGUGUAUGGGCGAUGAUAGCAGUUUUUCUUGCUUAUUGCUUGCUCCAAGCCCCAUCUACGGUUCUUAUCAGACCGCAUCCUGCAAUUUGGCGGUUAGUUCACGGAAUGGCUGUUGUUUACCUAGUUGCUCUUACAUUUGUACUUUUUCAGAAGCGUGAUGAUGCUCGGCAGUUCAUGAAGUUUCUGCAUCCUGAUCUUGGUGUUGAACUCCCAGAAAGAUCUUAUGGUGCUGAUUGUCGUAUAUAUUUGCCUGAUAAUCCUAAAAGCAGGUUUAAGAAUGUUUAUGAAACACUUUUUGAUGAAUUUGUUGUCGCUCAUAUAAUUGGGUGGUGGGGAAAAGCUAUAUUGAUCCGUAAUCAGCCCCUUUUGUGGGUGCUUUCAAUUGGAUUUGAGUUGAUGGAGCUUACCUUCCGUCAUAUGUUACCAAAUUUCAAUGAAUGCUGGUGGGAUAGUAUUAUUCUUGACAUUUUGAUCUGCAACUGGUUUGGUAUCUGGGCAGGAAUGCAUACUGUUAGGUACUUUGAUGGAAAAACAUACAAGUGGGUCGGUCUAAGUCGUCAGCCCAAUAUUAUUGGAAAAGUGAAACGAACUCUGGGACAAUUUACACCAGCUCAGUGGGACAAAGAUGAGUGGCAUCCAUUACUUGGUCCAUGGCGUUUCGUUCAAGUCAUCACUCUUUGCAUAGUAUUCAUGACUGUAGAGCUUAAUACAUUCUUUUUAAAGUUCUGUCUAUGGAUUCCUCCCCGCAACCCUGUGAUCGUAUAUAGGUUGAUCUUGUGGUGGCUAAUUGCAAUUCCAACAAUUCGUGAGUACAAUUCAUACCUUCAAGACCGGAAACCAGUGAAGAAGGUUGGAGCAUUUUGUUGGCUUUCUGUUGCUAUUUGCAUUGUUGAACUUCUCAUUUGCAUCAAGUUUGGACAUGGAUUAUAUCCGAAACCAAUGCCAUUAUGGCUGGUAGUGUUUUGGAUGUCUGUUGGGGCGGCACUUGUAAUAUUUUUGAUUGUUUGGUCUUGGCAAUUGCAUCGAACUCUAGGGAGAAAGAGGCGAUGAUUGUUCCGUCGUGGUACUUCAUUCUUUGAAUUGCUUCCUCAAGGGUAUCAAUCCAUGUUGUAAAUGCUUAUCACUCUUAUAAAUUAUAAUUGUACAUUCUGAUUCUCUUAGAUUAGUGGAUCACAGUUCCUUGAGUAGAGAAUAUUUAUUCUUUCUUGCUAGGCAGUGGAAAAUAGUCAAAUACUUUAAAGGCUCAUGAAUUACUGGUUGCCACAAUUUCUGGCAGACUUCACCCAAGUCAAAGGACGAGCCAUUUUGAACUACAGAUUCCCUGAUGUUGUAUUGUUUAGUUUUUCUUUCAUCAUUUUAUAAAGUCACUUUUUGUAAUAAUAUACCACAUGAGUUAAAUUUCCCAUAUAAUAUGGCACUUAUUUUCA